UUCGAUAUGACUCAAUCCGCCAGACUGACCAGUGGUCGUGUCGAUCUGUUAUCGAUUAUACAGGUAUACAACAAAACCGUUUACCGGAUAAAUCGACAUGGCCACUAACACGUCUGUACUGCCGCUAAUUGGUUGGGUAAUAUUUUAUGUCUGUGACGUAACAACAAUGUACUGUCCAGCGAGGCGAGCCUACACACCCAAACUGUUUACCUAUACCCGCCGUGUACCUGGACGUAACAAUUACACAGACAAGACCUGGUCAGCAGAACUACAGAAUUUACAACGAUGUCUUACAGCAGCAGAGAUUACUUCGCCGACAGUUCGUCCACUGACGAGGACGAAUACCGCCGUUCACGCGUUGGAAGUUACGUGAUGAAGAAUCGGGGAUUACAUGGCUGGACGCAAUGGCGCUGUAACCUUAACGACAGACUCAUCAAGGUGAUGGCGACUCGCCGGAACCUCCCUCGCGAACAGUACCGAAACUCCAAUAUCCUCGUCGAUGGUCAUUUUCUCGACAGCAUGACGGAACCGGAAAUAGCAAUGGAACGGCGUCUGUCCGAUUUUGUGUUAAGCCGAGCGGUCGAAGAUAAACGGGUGGAUGGUGAUCGUCUGAUGCUACACCCCGAGGCUUUUAUCAGUUUCGGGAUCCCUCGGGCACGACUCCAAGGAGCCGACGCCCGCCGGAACCAGUCUUCUGGUCGGACCACGCCCUCGGAUGACUCUUCCGGGUCACGACCGCGUCGCUAUGUCACGUACAGCGAUGAGUACUUGUUACAUGGUUAAGUUUCUGACGAUAAGAUUGGACUGGAUAUUGAUAAUCCUUUCUGACUAUUGUACUGGAUGGUUAUACAUGGCUUACGCCUUGGGAUUGUGAAAUAUUGUCUGACCAUUAUAUCAGACUGUUUCAAUUGACUUUUCAAACAAACAAUGAUUGUUUAUCAAGUUUUGCCAUUAGUUCUUGCCGUUAUUACUUGAUCAACGCCUUAUAUGACUUCGUUGACUUUUUAUAUGUUGUGAGUUUUGCUCCAGAAAAUUUGAUUUAUUGUAUACAUGUGUCUCACUACUGUUUCAACAUUGACAAUUACCUUGUACGCAUUCAUACGUGAUGGCUGACGAAUUUAUACUGGAUUGUUUUCAGUCCAGGGAAUGGCUAUGUUCAGAUUCUAAUAGUGAGCUUGUGUCUGGACUCGGACUACGAAGAAGUGUGUUCGUCGUUUUGUUUUUCAUAGAAUUAAAUGUUGCCAAACGACGUUUAUAAGUAAACAACAGGGUGACAACGAAUGUAUUGAUCCCAGGAGUUUUCCGUCUUUGCGUAUUGCAGAGUUAUCUUCUCUUGUGAGCAGGUAUUGAUUGUUACGUCAUUGGUUUGUGUGA